AUGUGGCGCUCUUCUCCUCUUCCUCGUUCCUUUCCGCGCCUUCUUCUCGCUCUCGCCUCUCUCUGCUGUCUCUACCUCCCACCUCCUCCGGUGUAUGUACGCCCGUGCAACUCAUUCACACAACGCGCCUCGUCUGCCCCCUCCUUCGCCGUCGCUUCGCCGCUUUCAGCUGGCGAUGAGGAGGCAAGUCCCGUCUUGGAUUUGAGUCCGAACGAUCUGCAGACCCUCCUGGAAAUUGAGAACGAAGGCAGCCAUGUGAAACGCAGGCCGUUGCUCUUCGUCGCCUUCGUGGCACCCUGGUGCGGCCACUGUCGCGCGCUCCACGGCCCGUUCCACGACGCAGCUGAGGUGUACGUACACCAGAUUCACGCGCUGAGAGCGAGUCGCCACAGAGCGCUCGCGGCCUUUCGAUCUGAGGCGGCGCGGGCGGUGGCCGAGGCAGAGGCGAGUGCUGCUGCGGCGGAGACGCGCCUUCUGUCUCUGAAGCAGCAGACGCUCGAAGAAGACGUCCAGAAGGCAGAGGCCGAGGCAGUCAAAGCUCGGCAGGCGGUUGCUGCGCUCAAGCGUAGACUCGGUGAGGAGGAGAGACGCCUCCAACUCGAAGACUCCAGGAGUCGAGACGUGUAUCCGGACGUUCUUUUUGGGCGCUUCGACUGUUUCGCUUCGCGGGAGGCCGAGACCAUUUGCCAGAGCGCCUUCCAAGUCGAUCGAUACCCCACUCUUCUUCUUCUUCGCUCUCUCGCAGAUCUCGGAGGUGCCGCCCUCGCUCGCGCCUCGAGAGAGGACCAGCCGAAAUUCCCCGCGGCCCGCGUCUCGGCGUAUCCCGCGGGUCGGCCGCGAACGAGCGCCGCCAUCGUCGACUUCCUUCUCAAGGCGACGGCGGACCACGCUUCACUCGUUGCUUCUCUUUCUCCCCAAGAGAGGGAAGGAAACGGCUUUUUCUCUUGGCUUUCUCGGCGUCUCGAAGGCGAGUCCGUCCGGAUCGUCUCGGGCGCCGAAGAGCUGCGAGUCCUCCUCCGACCUGCUUCCGCGGACUUCCACGUGACGGAUGUCUCCUUUCUCCUUUGCCUAGCCACUCGGGAAAACGGGGCUCUUUCGGCGCCCCUCGAACAGGUGCAUGCAGCCGUGGAGCUCUUCGCUGGAGUCGCGAAGCGCGAAAACGCCGUGCGACACUUCCUCGUCACCCUCGACGCGCAGCUCUGCACGCAGUUCCUAGACGUCCUGCAACUCCCUCACUUGUUUCAGUUUCUCGCGACUCGCAACGCAGAGUCGAUCGAGCACCGAGACACCCCAGCGGUUUCCCGGAGACUUCUUUCAGAGCUCCGCCCGGCUCUCACCGUGGCGGCGGUACAGCCGGAGCUGCACCUUCCAGCCCCGUUCUGGGGUUCCGCGCGGGAAGAGGAAGGCGGCGGAGCGAGCGCCGACGAAGAGGAGACCCAGCGAACGACGCGGAGAAGGCUGCAAGCGCUCCAGGUCGUUCUCAGCGAAGUGUGGGCUGACCAAGUGCGCACGCGGGUGCUUCGGCGCCAGCGCGAAGAGGCGACUUGCCAAAGGGAGAAACGCGAGGGGCGAAGCGGAAGGGGAAGGUGUGGGGUGGAGGAGGGAGGGAAGAAGAGGCGCGGGGGGUUCUGCUUGUCUUCACUGCCCAUCCUCGACGACCUGAGCUUGAUGGUGGCGCCUCUGUUUACCGGCCCGUUCGGCGCGAGCGCCGACACGACCUCCUCGCCGCUGGAGAAGUUUUUGCGUGCUCGAAGCGCGCCUGUGUUGCCGCUCGUGUCCCAGGAAAACUUCUUGAAUUUGAGGAGCUCAAAGGAUCGAACGCUUGUCCUGCUUGCCCUCGACUUGCGCGCGCUCGACUGGAUGAGUGAGCUGAAUACGGUAGCUCUGACGGCUGUGCUGCUGAAGACGCUGAUCCGCCUCAAGCGAGGCAAGUGGCGAGAAGAGUUGCUGCCUUCGUUCCGCGAAGCAGAGGCGGCUGAGACUGGCGAAAAGGACGAGGACGCGCGUGCAGAGCGAGACGAGGCAUGGGACGACGCUGCUGUGCUUCGUUCGAUCGUCGCCCGCGAAGAUUUAAUUCUCAGCAGCGACGACGUGCUUCUCAUCGACCCUUCAGCGGAUCCGCGAGACACCCUCGGACCCGGCGCCUGGAAGCCCGACGACGCAAACGAAAUGGAGACGCUUCUGUUGGUCGAGAAGAUCUGGAAGCUGACCAAGGUGGCCAGCUGCAUGUACACUGCGGAGAGGCAGUCGGUGUCGCCUUUUCCGCGAGGCGAAUUUGCUCAGGCUUCGUCAGCAGGGUUGACUUCGUUUACGCUUGGCAUCGUCGACGGCCUCAUGUUCUCUGACUCUCUCGAAGAAUACGGGGUGUAUGCACCUGGCGACUUGCCGGCAGUCCUCGCCUUUCCGCCACUUGCUGGGAGCAAUCGGAAGCAGAGCGCUGGGAAAGGCGACGAACCCGUCCACAGGGUGUACCGCGACAAAGAGCGCUUGACUCUCGACUCGCUCUUCCGCGGCCUGCAACUUCUUGAGGCCGGCGAACUGGAGCCCCAAGUGGAAGGCUCUGUCGAAGGCGAAGGGCAGGCGCCGGUUGUCCGCUUCGUUCUGCAGCGGUGGAGACAGUUGCGCAAGUGGCUCAAGUCCCUGAAGCGCGACGCCUCCCGGUCCUGGCCGGACUUCAUUCGCAUCGUCUUGGGUCUCCUCGCUUUCGCCCUCAUUCUCGUUCUCACUGUCAUCCUCCUCAUUAGCACCGUGUGCUGUGGCGGCGGCGCCGGGGACGGUGAGUCGGUCGUUACCUCGGACGACGAGGACUUCUCGACAGACGAGGAAGACGAAGAUGAGUUCGGGGGCGCUCAAGGCGAGACAGCGGACAUGCCUACUUUGGAGGAAGUCAAAAGGAGAGCGGAGCGCAUGCUUCGGAACCGAAGGCGCCGCGUGGCUGGGCCGGAGCGACAUUCCAAGGUGGCAGGCGCAGAAUGUGAACAAAAAGAAAGUGGAGAAGGGCAAGACAAACACACGGCAAGGGCGCAGACAGGGGACGAACAGUAAGGGAAGGUGGAAUUCCUUUUGAAGAAUCUGAAAAACCAAGGCGUGCGGAAGAAGACUGGGCGGAACAGAGGGCAGCAGAUGCCGUCGCCGGUAAACGGUCUUUGCUCUGCAAUUUGAAGACGAAGUCUUUCUGGAGGUGCAUGUGUCCUUCCUUAACGAAUAGUGCAGUUUUCUUCGGGGGGUUUGUCUCGAGCAGCUCAACAAAGAGUAGCUGGAGAAACUCGAUGGUGCCCUUUUUCCCUCGGACUGCCAAAAAUGACGCCACAGUCUAAAUCCUGCAAAAGCGGUUGAAAACGUGUUGUGCAGGCGAAGCGCAAAUGGAUAUUUCUGUACA